AUGGACGACGAGACAGACCGGGAUGAGCCACAUGAUCUCGGAAACGAGGCCCAUGAUGGCCAUAUUGCUCGAUCAGAUUCCGAUGAAAAUGACCAGCCGUGUUUGACGAGAUCCGAAUUCAAGUCACCGUCACUGCAACCAUUUUACGAAAGAAAAUGGAAUCGAUACAGCCAGGAUUAUAACGACCGAUACCUGGAAAUCUUCAAGCAAGUUUGGGAAAAUUCCACCGGAGAUGAUGGGACCCCUGAAUUCCAGCCCACACAGCUGGGUGUGAUUUCCUGGCGACCUUCAGAGAAGACAAGGUUGUACAAGGCCCUUGACAGUAAAGGAUGUCGUAAUGUGAAGGCCAUUGCUGAGCUUGUGGGAACAAAAUCAGAGCCUGAGGUCUCUGCAUACCUUAGCUUGCUCAACCAGAAGGAAACCGAUCGACAGCUUUUUGAACCUCGCACUCACAACAUCUCUCAUGUUGAAAUUCCUGCUGCCAUUGAAAUUGGCAGUGAUUGCGAGCAAGUCCUAGACAAGGCCGCUGCUGCCCUUUCCGCCUUUCAAGACAAUUUUGACUUCACAGCGGGCCAUCGCAAUAAUAAGUCCUGGCUCAUCGACCAUCGCGUUGCUUCGGAACUCGAUGAAAAGGCUGAUAAAGCUGAUCUUUCAGAUGAUCUUACAGAAGACAGCAGUGAUGAACAGCCACCACUCGCUGACAGCACUCGAUUCUUUCAUGUCUCGUCAUUUCUGAAUCUCAGUGAGACCUUCUUCAUGAACCAAGGCUCCGGCGAGACAUGGCAUGACCUUGCAGAAAAUGAUGAGCGUCCUAGCAUAACGAUGGACACCCUCACAGAUUUGCACGAACUUAUUGUCAGUUAUCUACAGAGGCUGAUUCAGUCAGUGAUUUUUCUGGCAAAAUCGCGAAUCCGAUCGACGAGUACCAUCUCACACAAACCCCCGCAUCACGUCAGGCAAGAGGAUGUGAGUGCCGCUGUUGAUGUAUUGAAUCUCAAGAAUGACCUGUGGGCUUACUGGGUGCGAAUGGCUAGAAGGAAUAAAUUACUUGUUGUACAUAAGAAGUCAGCCCCCGUACACUUCAAUCCGAAGGCGGUCAUGAGCUAUGACAAACUGGAGGCAAUACUGUCGGAAAGAAAUCGUGGAAGAUCACUGUCUGUCAUGUCUGAAAUGUCCGAGAUGUCUGAGCAGACGGGGCAGAGCGAAAGCUCGGACGAAGAAAUGGUUUCGCUAGCAAUCAAAAAGCACGCCAAGGUCUCCAAAUUGGCAGAUGAGAGUGCGAAUUCUAAAGGAGAUGACGAAGAGGACGAGGAUAACCCAUUCGGCAGCGAAAAUGAGAGCAAUGACAGCGAUUCCGAAAGCUCGCCUCCCACAUUGAUCACCACUUCAAAACGAAAGCGAGCUGAGGCGCUCGAAGCCGCGACCGAUGAGUAUAUGGAGGAGAUCGACCAAGUUGUGAGAGAACAAGAGGAAUUCCGGUUGCUCCAGGUUCUUGGAAUCGAGCCUGAGAAUGCCAUGCAAGAGGAGAAGAGUGAACCUCUCCGCAAACGUCCACAUGUCAUGAGAAAGACUGUCGUGGAGAUGCAAGGAUGGUCUGCUCCCUACCAAUCCGAGUGGGAAACUCACGGCAACAUGUCUUUUGACACGAGGUGA